CCUCCGUCUUUUCUCCUAAAGCCCGCGAGGAGGGAGGAAUGCCGUGUCCCCAGGGAGUCCUCAUGAAUUCCUUUUUGGACCAUGUCCAUGAUCCUUUUUGCCUGUGUGGUACGGGUGAGAGAUGGAUUGCCCCUCUCUGCCUCCACAGAUUUUCACCAUAACCAGGACUUUUUGGAAUGCAGAAAGCGGCUAAAAACGUUGUCCUUAAUUUUGACACAGUUUCCAGGUAGAGGUACCGCAGAAGGACAUGACCUCAGUAUACACUUUGACUCUUCUGGAGCCAUAGCCUGCAUGGGGAUCUGCUCCCGCAGUUAUCCUGUGGCCAUGGCCUUCUGCUUUCUAGAGGCUCUUCGGUGGGAGUUCACAACUUCCUAUGACAACACCAGCAUAGGCUUGGCUUCCAGACCAUAUGCCUUUCUCAAAUUUGACAGUGUCAUUCAGAAAGUGAAGUGGCAUUUUAACUAUGCAAGCUCUUCUCAGCUGAAGAACCACUUGGAAAAGAUUCAGGAAGAGCUCGUGCUCCAGCCUCCAUUGGUCCUGAGACUAGAGGACACAGAAGUGAUGAAUGGGCUGACAAAUAGUCACUCUCCGGUGCAGGUUGAAUAUGCUCCAAAUUACCGGAUGAAGCCAGUGACAGCUCUGGGGAUUUUGUCUCUUAUUCUGAACAUCAUGUGUGCUGCUUUGAACCUUAUUCGAGGAAUUCAUCUAGCAGAGCAUUCCUUUCAGGAUGAUCCUGAGACAAUUGGGAGCAUAAUGGCGUUUCUUAUCCCUUUUGUAGCCUGCAUUUUUCAGUGUUAUCUGUACCUGUUCUACAGUUCCACAAGGCUCCUGAAGGUGGCCGUCAUCCUCUUCUUCAUUUGUCUGUGCAAUAUUUACCUGCAUGGACUAAGGAACCUCUGGCAAAUACUCUUCCACAUAGGAGUGGCUUUUCUGUCUUCCUAUCAGAUACUGACGAGACAACUUCGAGACAAAGUGCUUGAUGGUGGCGUUUGAGACCUUGGGGCACCAAGGCUUGGAAGGGCUGCUCUCCUUCCUUCCUCGGUGAGGGGGAAGGGCAGGGGAAUGCACAACUUUUCCUGCGGAAAGAGGGUUACAGCCGCUUAUCUGUUUGGCCUUUCCCCUUUCAGUUUUGGGUCUUGUGGGUACGUGUCCUACUAAACUGGACAGAAGAACUGAAGGUCCGGACUUCAUCAUAAUAGAUGUAGUGGAAAGGAAGAAGAGAACUUCUGUGUACCCCACACAUGGAUACAGAGCGGAGGGAAGGCUCUCCCAUUCAGUUUAUCAUCUUAUUUGUAAUAGUAACAAUGACUUACAUUUCUGUAGUGCUUGAAGGUUUACAAGGCCCUUCCCUCCCAGUGAGGGGGUAGUGCAAGGAUUAUUAUCCUGAUUUACAAAUCAUAGGAUUAUAGAUUGAGAUUUGGUGCCAUCGUGUCCAACCCCUUCAUUUUACAGAUAAGGAAGCUGAUGCCCAGAGGUGAAGUGAUUGGCCCAGGGUCACACAGCUAGGAAGCAUUGGGACCUGGAUAUGAACCCGGGUCUGCAGACUCCAAGCCUCACUUGUUGAGCAGGAACGCAUUUCUAAAAUAUUAUCCAGUAACAGAAAUGGAACUGCUUUGGAUUGGAAUAAUCGAAUCAGGAACGGAAAGAGUGUUUUUCCUUGUUGUUGCUGUGCUAUGCAGUCGUCUGGUAGAGGUAGAGUUACUGCUUUUGGAGAUUAGGUGUUUGCCUCAGAAGAGCUACUUAUUUCUUAUUUAUACUUGUUAAUUUCUUAAUUCUCUUGAAUUAGCCAGAAUAUGAUGGCAGACAUUUUUAAAAGGGACCAUAGAUAAUUUAAAAAGUAUUUCCUUAAAAUAAUCACCAGAAUAAAUUGUGAAAUUGGGCUCUAACUGCGGUCUAAAAAACACAAGCGAAUUAGAUUUUCUGGAAAUCUAAAGUUUCCAGUGCUGAUUAGUAUGGUAUAGCCCAAAUUCACUUUUAAUGUCCAUGAGCUUUCCUAGUGUUUAGGGCUAUUGAUUUUAUUUUUUUAAACAUUUUUAUCUACCUGAUGGUGAGAAAAUUAGUUAAAAAAGUUUCAGGUAAGCAAAUACAUAUUGGCAGCUAUUUGUACUAUAUACAAGGCUAAUCUGUGACCUAAUAAUUUUUUAAAUUCACUAAUAUUGCAUAUGUUAGGCACAUUUAGAUGGAUAGAUCUAAAUGAUUGGAAAAGCAUUUAUUAAGCACUUAUUAAUGUGCCAGGCACUAUGCUAAGCACUAGGGUAUGAUAGUUCAGGAAUUGCUUGCUGGAUAUGAUCUCUAGUUGGCCAGUAACUGGAUUAGAUAAAUUACGUUGACUCAGGAGUAUUGUAUAAUAUUGAUUGAGAAAAGAUGCAAUAGAAAAGAAAAAUGAAAAGAGAUGAAUUAAAAUCAGAUAGGUACAGAACAGUUGGUAAAACUUUGUGUAUCUGAAAUCUAACUGUAACAACAAAUAAAUGGUGUAAGAA